GUGCAAAAACAUGCCGCUCUUUCCCACACACCUCCGCUCUUGAAUCAAGGCUUCUUCUCUUUGCCGCAGCGAACUUUCUUUCUCUUCCGGUUGUCGUCUGUUAGUGUGGCAGAUUUACCAGCGUUGAAAUGGCAAAGUCUAAGAACCACACAACUCACAACCAGUCUCGCAAAUGGCACAGAAAUGGCAUCAAGAAGCCCAGAUCUAAUCGCUACGAGUCCUUGAAGGGGGUGGAUCCCAAAUUCCUGAGGAAUAUGCGCUUUGCCAAGAAGCAUAACAAGAAGGGCUUGAAGGCGGCACGGAAAGCAGUAGCUCAGAAAUAAGCUGUUUGCCUAACUUCCAUGUCUGUCAUUGUUCCACAUACACCAACAUAAUAAAGUAAUGCUUUAUUAACAAAACA